AUGUACAGACCAGCACCGCCUCGCCCGAAGAAGACCAGCAUAGUCCGCUCGCGUACAGGCUGCAAGCUAUGUCGCCAGCGCCGCGUCAAAUGCGAUGAGACUAAGCCAUCAUGCGGGGCGUGUACUCGUGCAGGCAAGAGCUGCGAGGAAGUGUCACCCAGCUUCAGCUUCAACAAUCGGACUGCCUCUGCCCACCGACCUGUAUCGAGACCCCUUCCGCAUGUGCGAUGGCAGCCAUUCUACCAGUCCACUUCACCGUCCAAUGCCCGGGUACACGAAGCUAGCGAGGCAGCCCAUAACGUUGAAUGUGAACUCUUCUAUCUGGACUACUGGGAAAGCUCAUGCAUCGAUGCUCUGGGCCGUCUCUCCCACGGCAUCAACUCUAUCCUUCACGAAGAUAAUGCCCUGAAACAAUCUCUCCUUGCAUUAGCAGCCUGCAACAUCAGUCGACGCUCUCCUGAGGGUCACACAAACCAGGGCAGACUAAUCGUCUUGCCCAAUCGUACUCACCAACUCUCCAGCCAGCGGUACUACAGUUCCGCGGUUGGCGAAACUGCAAGAACCUUGCAAGCAAAGGCUUCAUCGUCACCGUUGACAACCUUGGCCAUACUGGUGCUCUUCUGCCUCAUGGAGACUGCUAUGGGAAACUUCCGAGGGUUCGGAUGGCAUUGCCAGGGAAUCGCCAAGAUCAUUGAUUUGCAGCUUGCACACCUACCCCAGGACGCACUUGGCAAGGAACUCAUCGCCGCCUGGCUCGCUUCGAGACUCCAUAUGUGGUGGCGCAGAAUGUACUUCACCACGUUUAACCUUCAGCUCAGCCAGAGGUCGCUCUUAGUGUCGCCACAGUUGAUGCAGGUGCUGCGCAAGAUCGAUGCUCAGAAGACUCUGCUUGUAUCCAUUCUGUGCGAAUCGCACCGGCUAAAAGCGAUCGCCACUCUUCAGGUCUUAUCAGACUCCCGUGUGCGAAGCCUGGCCACAUGCACCGUCGACGAAUGCGUGUCAUUAUUGAAGGCCGAAGGGAGAAAGCUUGACGAGUGGCAUUCUCGCCUAGAUCCUUCUCAGCUUCCACUUGAUGUACUGCCCCAACCUCUGCAUGGGCGCUUUUCUGAGAUUGAACGUUCACUGUUGUUUCAAUCCUACGAGGCAGCGAUCAACUAUGCAUAUUACAGUGCAGCGCGAAUUAUGCAAUGCACGGGAAUACUGCAUUCUAGGGCAGAGUCCGGUGAAGACCAAGAGGUUCGGCCAGGGAACGACCAUGCCGUCACUACAUCCUGGAUGACCGUUCUGCUUCGUACUGUAGCAGGCUUGGAUAUUAUCGAGUGUGCUAGCAGAAAUACCUAUUCAAUUGGCAUUGCGAGUUUACUUCUGGCUUGCGUCCUCAGGUGUGAUGAUCUUACAUGCGGAUUACAAGUACAGAAUUGGCUGCAAAAGUGCGUGGAUCUCGCGAUCCUUGAAGAGGGAAGUUUUCCAAUCGCACAAACCUUGGAUGCUGUCCGCAUCGUCAAUGCGGAACGUGCCGCUGGAAGGGACGUUUACGCGAUUGGUUUGUCGGAAGAUGACGGCGGUGGAUCGGGGAAGUAUUCGUCUUACAACAGCCAAAGGUUUCGGGACUUCGUCAUUCUAGGACGGAUGAGGGAAGGUGGCUCUAUAUACUCCAAGAGUAUUAACCUGGGAUUGGGCUGA